CAUUUCUCUUCCCCUCCUUGGCUUUCAAUCCAGAGAAAGAGCGAAAACAGCUAUGCACAAAGCUGUAAGAGGGAGAGAGCACAACACUUACAUAUUCAAACUCUAGGUUUUGUUCCUCUCGAUAGGGUCUCGAAGUAGAUAGAUAGCACGGAGAAAAACUUUUUAUUUUUUAUUUAUUUUUUCUUUUGUUUUUUCAUGUUCACUAGGUGGGGUUUGAAUUAGGGUUUUGAGGGAUUGAUUAUUCUCAAAUUGAAGUUAGUGAUUUUGUUUAGGGGUCAGUGGGACACCUUGUGGAUUAUGUUUUUGUGACAAAUGAAUUUGAAAUUUUGUGAUGUGAGUGAAGUGGGUGGUUUCUAGGGUUUGUGUCUCUGGUUUCAAUGGGGAGUAUGAGUGACUCAGACCGAAAACGACGUCACUUUAGCUCCUUGUCCCCAACACCUGCAGCUGCUACUGCCAAGAAACUACCCUUCUUGCCCGUUUCUGAAGAUAAAAAGCUUGACAUUGUUGUACUUCAGUAUCAAAAUCAAAAGCUUACACAAAAAUUAGAAACUCAGAAGUUAGAGUAUGUAGCUCUUGACAAUAGGUUUGCUCAACUGAAGGAGAGGCAAAAGUCAUAUGAUCCCACUUUAUCACUGGUCAAGAAAUCUUGGGAGCAGAUGGUCAAUGAUUUGGAGUUGUGUUCUGAACAUGUGAGAGAGUCAAGUGGCAAAUCAAAUUAUAGAUUUGUAUCAAUCAUGGAAGAUGGUGGUCCAUCUACUGUUCAGGAUGUGUUUCUUAGCCGUCUAAUGCAAACUGGUGCAACUGAAUGUGCAACUGCAUAUAACUUUGCAAACCAGACUGAAGAACAUCAAGAAAUUAUUACUGAAAAAGCUAAAAGUAUUUUAAAAAAUAUGGCAACAGCUGUUAAUAAUGUUUGGGUUCUGACGGAUGGAUUGCAUACUGCAUUACUGAAAAAGCUUCCUGUGGAUGUUUUUUGUAGGCAGAAAUCAUCCUCUGAUCUAAAUGUGAAAGUUAAAAACUUGAGAUUGGAAUUCAGCGAACUUCAUUCAAAGCACAAGUCUUUAUCAAGUGAAUUCCAAAUUCAGCGAGAUAUUGAUGCAAAAAAUAAAGCUGAACUUGAAAGAUUGAAAGGGGAACUAGCUAGCGCUGUUGCAGAGUUAGAAGAAAGCAAUCACAAACUUGCAACGCUUAAGGCUGAGAGAGAUGCUGCAAAAGGGGCAGUUCUCCCAGUCUUAAAUGUUGGAAGUACACACAUUCCUAGUGAUAAGAUCAGAGAUAAGCAAAAGGAUUUGCAAGAUAUGGAAUCUACUUUGAAGGAGCUAUUGGACCGAAGUUCUACUCGAUUAAUUGAACUGAAAAGUCUUCAUGAGGAAAGAAUAAGAAUAUUACAGCAGUUGUGUGAUCUACAGGUUUGUUUCCCUUCGUGUGCUCCGUACUCCAGUAUUUUAACUAGUAUUUGUAUCAUAAAAUGUGUGUAUGUGCAUUUUCUUUUUCUUUUUACUGGUAUAACUUUUGGUGCUGAAUGUUUGGAUCAGAACACUUUGAAGAAUUUCAAGUGUAUUACUUCAUCCCAUGCUUACCAAUUGGUUAGAGAUCAGAUAGAAAAGUCAAAAUCAGAUGUUCUGGAGUAUCAGGCCUUAUAUGAGAAACUACAGGUUGAGAAGGAUAAUCUUACUUGGAGGGAGCGGGAGUGGUACAUUAAAAAUGAUUUAGCAGAUAUUUUUCAAAGAUCUGUUGCAGUUUCAGAUUUUAGAGUUGCUCAUCUACACUCUGAGAUACAGAAAAAGAUAGAGGAAGGAAAUAUGAUUGAAAAUAAGCUGAAAGAACAAGCAAGAGAACCAGGAAGGAAACAGAUUAUUGCUGAAUUCAAAUCUCUGGUUUCUUCAUUUCCUGAGGAAAUGGGGUCUAUGCAAAGCCAACUAAGAAAAUAUAAAGAAUCAGCUUCAGAUAUCCAUUCAUUGCGUGCAGAUGUGCAGUCUGUUUCUAGUAUUCUUGACAGGAAGGUAAAAGAAUGUGAUGCAUUUUCUGUUAGGGCUGCCAGUCAACUUGCUGAGAUAAAGAGGCUGCAUGGUGUGUUUCAAGCUUUGAGAGAAAGCGAACAGGAUUUGAAGUUGAUGUUAGAAAUGUUUAGACGCGAGUCCAUUGAUUCAAGGGAUGUCAUGGAUGCACGGGAAACAGAAUAUAGAGCAUGGGCACAUGUUCAAAGUUUGAAAUCAUCACUUGAUGAGCACAACUUGGAGCUUCGAGUUAAGAAAGCCAAUGAAGCAGAGGCCAGAUCACAGCAAAAGCUGGCUGCUGGUGAAGCUGAGAUUGCGGACAUGAGACAGAAAUUAGAAUAUUCUAAAAGGAAAAUGUGUGAUCUGUCUGAUAUCUUGAAGUCUAAGAACAAACAAAAUGAGAACUACUUAUCUGAAAUAGAGAGUAUUGGACAAGCAUAUGAUGACAUGCAAACUCAAAACCAACAUCUGCUGCAGCAAAUUACUGAAAGAGAUGAUUACAAUAUUAAGCUUGUUUUGGAGGGUGUAAGGGCAAGGCAGAAGCAGGAUUCUUUGCUCAUGGAGAAGCGAGUAAUUGAACAAGAUAUCCAGCAAGCAAACACAUCCCUGAAUUUAUAUGAUAUUAAAGCUUCAAGAAUUGAAGACCAGUUGAAGUUUUGUUCGGAUCAGCUUCAAAGACUGGCAGAGGAUAAGCUUCAAUGUUCCGUCACUUCAGAAAAUACACAAAGAAGGCUGUCUGAUAUUAGAAGACAAACUCAACAGAUUAGGGAUACAGUGGUCGAAUUGCAAUCAAAAAUUGGUAGUAAUAGGGUGACGCGUAUGGAGUUACAAGUAGAACUUGAGAAAGAAAGGUUUGCCAAGAAAAGAACAGAGGAGGAUCUGGAGGUUGCUAGGAGAAAGUUUUCACGCCUUAAAGAACAGAAUGAGGGCUCUUCAAUAACCGAAAAGCUUCAACAGGAACUUGAAGAGUACAGGGAAAUUAUCAAGUGCAGUAUCUGUCAUGAUAGGGCAAAAGAGGUGGUAAUUACAAAAUGCUACCACUUGUUCUGCUACUCAUGUAUCCAGAAAGUUGGUGGGAGUAGGCAUCGGAAGUGUCCACUGUGUGGUACAAGCUUUGGGGCUAAUGAUGUGAAGUCUGUUUAUUUGUAACGAGAAACAUGAGGCCGGUGUUGUUUUGGUGUAUGGAUACCUAGGAGCUUCAAUUGUAUACUUAUUCCCAAUUGUCGAGAUAAGGAACAUUGGUAGCGAUCAAUGAGUGCCUGUCUCCAUUUGGACCAAAAGUGAUUAUUUUUUGCUGGUACUUGAUCUUACUAGUACCGCCCGUGCGCUUUUCUUUUGAUGAAUAUGGGAUUGUGUUUAGUUUAACAUUUUUAAUAGAUAGAACUUGGAGCCAUAGGAGACGUAAUAUUUGUUCUUUGCAGAUUUAUCAUUAUACAUCUUCCAAUGCCAUUUGGAGAGCUCAUGAAGGUUGGUAUUUAUACCGUGCACUUAUUAAUUCAAAUCAUGCCAAAUUUCCUUUGAAGUUCACUGCAAAGCUGCCACCGACAUGUCUUGCAUCUCUAGUUCUUUUAGGACAAAUUUUGGUUUCUGGGAUCUGUACAUAUGUUAGAUUUUAGAAGUGUCGUUCAAUUUUGUUUAUAACAGCCUGUAAUUUGUGUAAUCGUGGAUGUGCCAAAAUAUAGUUGUAAUUGAUGUUGUCGAAAGUUAUGAAAGCUCCAUUUAUUCUA